AUGACUUUAUCAAAUAAUACUCAUCAUCAUCAUACAAAAAUAGAAGAAGAACUUCAUGCAAACGCUCAUAUUGAUUAUGAUCGUGUUGCAAUCAAAUGGAAUCCUUCUGUUGCUCAAUUAUAUGAAGAUGCCUUGAAAUAUGAAGAGGGAUCUGCCAUUUCUUCAAGUGGCGCUUUGGUAACUGCCUCUGGUAAUAAAACUGGUCGCUCUCCUAAAGAUAAACGUAUUGUCGAUGAACCCGGUUCAACCAAGGAUAUUUGGUGGGGACCUGUAAAUACUAAAUUACCAGAAAGAGUUUUUCUUAUUAAUCGUGAGCGAGCAGUUGAUUAUUUAAAUACACGCAAAAGAAUCUAUGUAUUUGAUGGUUUUGCUGGAUGGGACCCUAAAUAUAGAAUUAAAGUUCGUGUUGUAUGUGCUCGUGCAUAUCAUGCCUUAUUCAUGAGAAAUAUGUUGAUUCGUCCUACUCUUGAGGAACAAGAAAAUUAUGGUUCACCAGAUUUCACUAUUUACAACGCUGGUGCUUUUCCUGCAAAUCGUUAUACUACUGGUAUGACAUCAACAACCUCUGUUGAUAUUAAUUUUAAAUUAAAUGAAAUGGUGAUUUUAGGAACUGAAUAUGCUGGUGAAAUGAAAAAGGGAGUUUUCACAGUUAUGCAUUAUUUGAUGCCGGUAAAACAUAAUGUAUUGUCAUUACAUUCAUCUGCUAAUGAAGGUCCAGGUGGUGAUGUAUCAGUAUUUUUUGGAUUAUCUGGUACAGGAAAAACAACACUUUCAGCUGAUCCAAGCCGAUUUCUGAUUGGUGAUGACGAACAUUGUUGGUCCGACAACAAUAUCUUCAACGUAGAGGGUGGCUGUUACGCAAAAUGUAUAAAUCUAUCACCGGAAAAAGAACCCGAGAUUUUCAACGCAAUUCAGUUUGGUUCAGUAUUGGAGAAUGUUGUUUAUGAUGAAAAUACUCGUGUGGUCAAUUACGAUGAUAACUCAUUAACCGAAAAUACACGUUGUGCUUAUCCAAUUGAAUACAUUCCAAAUGCCAAGAUACCUUGCAUGUCAACUAGUCAUCCAAAGAACAUCAUUCUUCUGACUUGUGACGCUUAUGGUGUGAUCCCACCUGUAUCAAAACUUUCAUCAGCACAAGCGAUGUAUCAUUUUAUUUCCGGCUACACGGCGAAAAUAGCAGGUACAGAAGACGGAGUCACAGAACCUGAAGCAACAUUUUCUGCAUGUUUUGGUCAACCAUUCCUGGUCUUGCAUCCAGCUCGUUAUGCACACAUGUUGGCAGAUAAAAUGGAACAACACAAAGCUGAUGCUUGGCUAGUUAAUACAGGAUGGAGUGGUGGGGCAUAUGGAGUUGGGGAAAGAAUUAAACUCAAGUAUUCCAGAGCUAUAAUUGACGCGAUCCAUAGCGGUGAGCUUGCAAAUACAACGUAUGAAAAUUACAAAGUAUUCAAUUUAAAGAUUCCAACAACAGUUACAGGGGUACCAUCCGAAAUAUUAAAUCCAGAAAACACUUGGAAGGGACCAAAAGAAGAAUUCGUAAAAACCAGAGAUUCUCUUGCUAAACAUUUCAUUGAAAAUUUUAAAAUUUAUCAAGAAGAGACUACACCAGAAGUUCUUGCUACUGGACCAAUUCUUGAAUAUAUCGAAUUUCCUGAGCCAUCAAAAUCUCGUACAACGGGUUAUCCGACAUGGCACCCUGAACUUAAAGAUUAUGAUGGAAAUUCACUUGAUUCAAUAUUUUUAUUUACAAUUGUAUUUACAGGAAUUUGUUCAUAUCUUGGUUAUAGAUGGACAAAAAAUCGCCCGGAAAAUGAAUAUUUGAUUACACUUAUUUAUCAAUCAUCAACAACAUCAUCAGAUGAAUUAACAUCAUUACCGCCAGUAACUAGUCAAGAAUUUAAUAAAAUAUUAGAAGUUUACACAUACGUUACAUUCAUAGCAACAACUUUUGCUUCUAUUCUUGAUAUUGGGAAAUUAUGUGGAGUCUUUGCUUUAUUACAUAAUUCAAUUGAAUUUGUUAUUUUGGUGUUGAUUGGUUCUGGUGGAAAAAUUAAAUCUUUAGACUUUUAUCUUUGGUUAAUCAUUUAUACAUUAACAAUGGGUUAUUGUAUAAUUAUGUUUGAAUAUCCUGUUGAUGUGGUAUUUUUCAAAUUACAAGAAUUUUUUCGAAUUUAUUUUCAUACUGGUCAUGAAUUAAAAUUAAGAAAUAGAAUUUUGGGAGAUGAUAAUGAAGAUUUAGAGGAACUAACUGAAUCAGAAUUAAACCAAUAUUCAUAUUUACCAAAAAUAUUUUCACAUCCAAAUCAAUUAUGGUUGUUGAUAUUUGCUGCCAUCACUCAUAUUAUUGGAAAUAUAUUUAUAACACUUGAUGUUACAAGUUUAAACGCUCCUAAAAUGAUCGUACACAAAUCUAAAACCCUUUAUUUUCAAAAGCAAUAUUUGCAAGAUGAUGCUUGUAUGAGAGUUAAAAGAAACAAAGAAAAAUUAAUUGAAGUGGUCAAUUAUAUAAGAAUAAAUAACGAUUCAAUAUCAUGUUUGAAUGAUAGUUUAACUGAUUCAGAUUUGGAAGAUAAUGCAAUUAUCGACCUUUCCCAAAUCUGGUAUAUAAAGAUUGAUAAUAAAGGAUUUUGUUAUGCUGAAUUGAACAAUUGCACUUGGCGAAAAUCAGUUGAAAUGACAAUACCAAACACUUCAAUUGUAAUAGCAAUAAUAUUUUACUCGAACACAAAACAAAGACUAAUUGGCAUCCAUCAUUUGUUAACUUUGGGAAAUAUACAAUAA